UAUCAGUCUCCAAAAUACUGAUCAUAAUAAAAAUUCAAGGUUUAUACCGGAUCAGGUUAAAACUCAAAGCACUUAAUAAAAAGUGUCGGAGAAAAAUUACAGAAUACUUUGAACCUAAAAUAUAAGACAAUGUUUUCAUGCGAGGACAGAAAUGUUUCAACCAUGAAACCAGCCAGUGUUGGUUACAAUGCUUCAACUUACCUUCUGACGGUUAUUGGAAUUUUUGCAAAUUUGACGGUGGUCAUUGUGUUUAUCAACUGCAAGAUUUAUCGCAGGUCAUUUACGUAUCUCCUAGUGUUUCAACAAUCUAUUUUCGACAUGAUAUCAUGUUUCCUCUAUCCAUGUUUUUACUAUAUUUUUUCCCCUAAUGGGAAUUUUGCCAACUACUGCAAGUUUGAAACACUUUUUUUCUUCUUUUUAUCUGCCUCAACGCUAAACCUAGUCUUCAUUUCUGUUGAGAGGUACAUUGCAGUGGUGCAUCCGUUGAAGUACUGGAUAAGAGGUAACCAGAAGAAAAGUGUUUUACCACAGUUAUGUAUUCCACUUGUAGCGGCAUUUCUAAUAACAUUUCAAUAUGUGUUCAUAAUUGAAGAAGAUCCGGAAGAACCCGGAAAAUGUACCUUUUGUUACAAAAACAAAGGCUUUGAGAUAUUGUCAGGUACAAUUUUAUUGCUGGCAAAUUGGAUAAUUCCAAUUUCCACUAUGACAUUUUGCUACUAUCGUGUAUAUAUCACACUCAAGAAACAAAAAAAAAUUCAAGCAGAAUUAACAAAUCGAGGGCAUAUAAAUAAUGCUAGCAGGGCAAUAAAUUAUCACAAUAAUGAUGAAUUAGCUGUUGAGAUAAAUAUUUCGCCAUCGCAAACAAAUCAGAAAGAAAAGGCAAAGAAUCAACGAAAUUUCAUCAUCACUAUGUCUAUUAACACACUGGUCUUUACAAUCUGUGUUACUCCAGUGAUUGGGGUAUAUCUUGUUUACACAAUAUGCAAAUGUUUUGAUAUUAAUUAUCAUAUUUCGAGUGAUAUUGCUACAUUGCUUGUUGUUUUCAACAUGGUAGCGAACCCGUUUAUUUAUGCCUACAAACUCUUUGAUUUUAAGGAGGGCUUCUCAAAAACAUUCUGUCGUCAAUGUUAGAGACCAUAAUAUUAUCAUAUUAAUGUUGUAGGGGUUUAAUCAUGACAGAGGUUGAAAUAUCAAUUUAACUUUUCAGAAAAUUACAGAAUUAAAGAUUUUUUAUGAGUAUUUAAUCAAUUAUGGUUUUAGUAUACCAAAUAAAAAUGUGAAAUAAACAUAAAAUUUACAAUAAAUUUAUCAUUUGAUGACUCACUACAAUAUAACGUACUCGCACGAAUAAGUCCCCGUUUGAAUAAGUACUCCUCACGAAUAACCGCCCCUCAUAACAUGAAAAUUUCCGUAAGCGCCCCAUUUGAAUAAGUGCUCCUUCUAAUUUAAAUAAGUGCCUCCUCAUAAGAUUUUUUUUUUGGCAAGUCAAUAAUCCAAUCAAUCCUGGGACUGUGGUUGUUGGCAUGAUUUGAGCUGUA